AUGCGCCGCUCGACCAGCCACGCUCUUCGGGUCAGUGAUUACUUCCUGUACCUCAAGGCCAGUCUCGCAGAGAAAUUCCACCAUUCCCUCCUUAGCCCAGUAUCAACCAAGAGAGAAAAAAAAAAGUUUUCUUUGAUGAUUCUUGUUCUUGGGAUGAGUCUGUGUGAGGAUACUCCGGUGUGUAACUGUGAAAAUUCUCUAGGAAUCGCGACAUGUCGUCAUGUACUGGCCUGUCCUGAAUAUGUAAAAGUGGCCAUAGUAGAGUGUGAGAUCGACGAUAUAUUAUUAAAACCUGGGUUUGAACUUGACCAAGUGAUGAUCCACGGUGUGUGUAGCAAUUUGACACAGUACCUUAAUUUGUGUCGCCGACAGAUCAAGGAAAUAAGACUGAUGUCCAACGGCAAAAGAGUUCUUUGUUCAGGUUUGUGUUUAUUUUUCAAAAUGAUUCUUUUCCUUUCAACUUUAGGUAAUACAACGGAAAGGAACUCGUUGAGCUCUGUAACAGACAGCGUAACAAAAUUUGACACCUUAAACACAUCAGAUGAAUCCACACACCCUUACUCUUCACUUGUAACACUCUCUCUGACAUCUUCCAUUUCGCAUGAAUCUACGAUAUCAAAAACCGAAACCACGACUUUAUUACCUACUUCUGUACAUACUAAUGACUCUCAUGCCUUCAAUAUUUCCCAUAAUGAAAGCUCCUUCUUAGCCCCACACAGCACUAACCAAUUAUUUGUCGAACCUUUCAUUAAUCAGACCACACCCACUGCACGCAACGCUACUCGAUUUUUAACCAAUGAUAUUCUUUCCUCUGGAAGUACUCCCUCCUCCCAUAAUUUUAACAAUUCUGCACACCCGACUUCCAUAAAUACUACUGUUUACAUUACUAAACAUCCCACAAUCACCACAUAUAAUCGUACAAGAUUUAUUGCUAAUGACACCACCUUUCCGCAAGACUCUAUCAGAUCUGUACACAUGACUACGACUCCCCCUAUUAAAAAAAUGACGGACAUGACGACACCUACGAUCGAACCGAUAGUCAACACGAACAAAACGAAAAUCGCCCACUCUCUCGGUAUGAGACAUGACAAACUGAUUUAUAUUCUAUUGAUAGCACCUAUACUCUUACUAACAUGCUUAUUCCUAUAUAUCAUUAUCAAAAAAAAAAUGUAAUCGUCGACUUAUGAAUGUAAAUAUGACUGCUCUAACCGAUGACAAUGAUGAAUGUAUGGUAUUUGAAUUGAGACGUCUUCCUGAAAAACCAAUUUAACUGCAUGUCACCAUUCUUCUGCUACUAAUUUUUUUUUGAUGGGUCUGCAUGGGGUAUGCAAGUAAAUUGAUCAAGUAAGUAAUCACUUUGCAAAUUAUUUUUUUUCAAAACUGAUGGAAGAUUUAUAUUUUGAAAUUUUAGAUGGAUUUUAAUGCUAAAUUUUAAUGUAAAAAAUAUUUAAAAGUAAAGACCUUGUUCAUUGUACAAAAAAAA